AUGUCCAACGAGGCUGAACACAGCCAAACCUUGGACACGAUAUACGAUGGGCCAUCCCCGGACGGCGGUGUCGCUCUCCCUCCAUCUGAAACAAUCUUGGGGAAUUCUGGACACCCUCGCCGAAAUUUGGCCUCUGGUACACAAACACCAUCCCGACGUGCCAAUGUCCGCACUCGGCGAUCUCACCAUGGCCCACUGCUUUCACAGUCGCCAGCCCGCGCAGGACACACUUCGCGCAUGCACCAGAUUUUUGAGAAUGCGGCGCGUGGGUGUACGACUACGUGUGCGGACGUGGGAGGCGUCGCCGUCUUGUACCCGCAAUUGCCUAAUAUCUCGCGAAAAGCGUCUCCAGGGAAGCACGAGCGUACACAGCAUGCGCCCAGUAGUUUCAAGGACGAAUCUGGUCUGCGAGCAGACUCGCCGUGUCGCUCCACCGGUUCGAGUCUCAACGGUCCACAGGCAGAUCUACGAGUGCUACAGUGCGUACCUGUAUCCGAGCGUACUUCGGGAUCCUGGUCCGACGAUUCAGGCUACAUUAUUGCAGACGCUUGUCGGAAAACAGGUAUCGCUGUGUCUCCUAGCCGACGUGUUCGGGACUGGCUGUCCAGUGUCUAUGAAGCAGUCGAUCUGACCGACACGAUAGAAGGCACAAAAGGUAGGCAUAUACGCCACAUUGCUACCGCGCAGCCUAAGGUAGGUUCUAGUAUCAAAGACCGCGUACCAGUCGGCAAACCCGCGUCACCAUCAUUGUCUGCGGCACUGAACUACUCACGAACGGAACCAACAGCUUCCUUUCUACUCGCAGCUACAGCAGAUGAUGCCUUCAUCAGUGACCACCAAAUCCACAUAAACCCCACACCACAGUCAUACAAACCAUCCCAUACCACUCUCCGCAACACCCCCAUCCCCCACAGACUCAAAGAAUACAUACCCGAAAUCUGCGAACGACUUGACUUCGACACCGCCACUACAAGAGCAAAGACUCAUCCACCAACCACACAAACACCAUGCACAACACCAACCCACGUGAACCAAAACCACACCAUACACAUCAUCUCAACAUACCCACCUACCCAAGACGCCGACAUCGUCCAACUCAGCCCCCUCAGUCCCAACGUAUGCCUCGAGCGCGGUCCCGCGCGGCAUCAUACCAGCCCCGGAUCUCCCACUCUCAAUCGGGCUUCUGCGUCUCGUGGGGCAACACGUCGCUUUUUCCCACGCUCGACACGGUUCAAGGAGGAUGUUGGAUCACCGUUAGCGCUGGGUGCAGCUUGUGAUGCGGAUAUGGAGAUUGCCCUCGCUGCUGUAAAGGCAGGCGUUGACUUGGGUGUUGGGGACGAAGAUCACGGUUGGGGUGGGAACGGUGUGGUUUCUUGA